UAUCCAGCUCACACUCCCGCGGCCUUCUCUCCUUAGGCUCGUCUCCGUGGUUUCCGGUUGCCAUGAGGAAGCCUCGCCGAAAGUCACGGCAGAAUGCCGAGGGUCGGAGAUCCCCGUCCCCAUACAGCCUUAAGUGCUCACCCACGCGGGAGACCCUGACCUACGCCCAAGCCCAGAGGAUCGUCGAGGUGGACAUCGACGGCCGCCUACAUCGCAUCAGCAUCUAUGACCCGCUGAAGAUCAUCACCGAAGAUGAGCUGACCGCUCAGGACAUCACCGAAUGCAACAGCAACAAGGAGAACAGUGAGCAGCCCCAGUUCCCUGCCAAGUCCAAGAAAGCCUCCUCGAAGGGCAAGAAGAAGGAGUCGUGUUCCAAGCAUGCCUCCGGUACCCCCUUCCACCUCCCCCAGCCCAGCUUUCGCGUGGUGGAUACAGGCAGCCAGCCGGAAGCGCCCCCGUUGCCUGCCGCUUACUACCGCUACAUCGAGAAGCCUCCGGAAGACCUGGAUGCAGAGGUGGAGUAUGACAUGGACGAGGAGGACAUGGCCUGGCUAGACAUGGUGAACGAGAAGCGCCGAGCGGACGGGCACGGCGUGGUGUCGGCGGACACCUUCGAGCUGCUGGUGGACCGGCUGGAGAAGGAAUCCUACCUGGAGAGCCGCAGCAGCGGGGCCCAGCAGUCUCUGAUCGACGAAGACGCCUUCUGCUGCGUGUGCCUGGACGACGAGUGCCACAACAGCAACGUCAUCCUGUUCUGCGACAUCUGCAACCUCGCCGUGCACCAGGAGUGCUACGGUGUGCCCUACAUCCCAGAGGGCCAGUGGCUGUGUCGCUGCUGCCUGCAGUCUCCCUCUCGGCCCGUGGAUUGCGUCCUGUGCCCCAAUAAAGGCGGGGCCUUCAAACAGACCAGUGACGGCCACUGGGCCCACGUCGUUUGCGCCAUCUGGAUCCCCGAAGUCUGCUUCGCCAACACCGUGUUCCUGGAGCCAAUCGAGGGCAUCGACAACAUCCCGCCCGCCCGCUGGAAGCUAACCUGCUACAUCUGCAAGCAGAAAGGGCUGGGCGCCGCCAUCCAGUGCCACAAGGUGAACUGCUACACCGCCUUCCACGUGACGUGCGCGCAGCGGGCCGGGCUCUUCAUGAAGAUCGAGCCCAUGAGAGAAACCAGCCUCAACGGCACCAUCUUUACCGUGCGCAAGACCGCCUACUGUGAGGCCCACUCCCCAAGCGUCGCCACCGCCAGGAGGAAGGGCGACUCCCCACGGAGCCUCAGUGAAGUCGGGGAUGAGGACGGGCCGAAAGACGGUGGCGGGGAGGAGGAGCAGGAAGAAGCAGAAGAGGAGGGCCAGGAAGGCCACUGUGGGGCGGGCAGCCCCCUCAAGGGGGUGUCCAAGAAGAGUAAGAUGAGUUUAAAGCAGAAGAUCAAGAAGGAGCCGGAGGAAGCUGGCCGAGAGACACCCCCCAUCACUGUCCCCAUGGUCACUGUCCCACAGAUACCCUCUUACAGGUUGAACAAGAUCUGUAGUGGUCUCUCCUUUCAGAGGAAAAACCAGUUCAUGCAGCGGCUCCACAACUACUGGCUGCUGAAGCGGCAGGCUCGGAACGGCGUCCCCCUCAUCAGGCGCCUGCACUCCCACCUACAGUCCCAGAGAAACGCUGAGCAGCGGGAGCAGGAUGAGAAGACAAGUGCGGUGAAGGAAGAGCUGAAAUACUGGCAGAAACUCCGCCACGACCUGGAGCGAGCACGGCUGCUGAUCGAGCUCAUCCGAAAACGGGAGAAGCUGAAGCGAGAGCAGGUCAGAGUGCAGCAGGCUGCCAUGGAGCUGGAGCUGAUGCCGUUCACGGUUCUGCUGAGGACGACGCUCGACCUGCUGCAGGAGAAGGACCCUGCACACAUCUUCGCCGAGCCUGUCAACCUCAGUGAGGUUCCAGAUUACCUGGAAUUCAUAUCCAAGCCAAUGGAUUUUUCUACUAUGAGGCGGAAGCUGGAAUCUCACCUGUACCACACCUUGGAGGAGUUUGAGGAGGACUUUAACCUUAUAGUUACCAACUGCAUGAAGUAUAAUGCUAAAGACACAAUUUUCCACCGAGCAGCUGUCCGCCUGCGGGACCUGGGAGGGGCCAUCCUGCGGCACGCCCGGCGGCAGGCAGAGAGCAUCGGCUAUGAUCCUGAGAGGGGCACCCACUUGCCCGAGUCACCCAAAUUGGAAGACUUUUACCGAUUCUCCUGGGAGGAUGUGGACAACAUCCUCAUCCCCGAGAACCGGGCCCAUCUGUCCCCAGAGGCACAGCUGAAGGAACUGUUGGAGAAACUGGAUCUGGUGAGCGCCAUGCGGUCCAGCGGGGCCCGCACCCGUCGUGUCCGCCUGCUACGCAGGGAGAUCAAUGCCCUUCGGCAAAAGCUAGCACAGCCACCGCCACCACAGCUCCUGUCACCGAACAAGACUGUGCCCAACGGGGAGCUGCCAGCAGGGUCUCGGGGGGACGCAGCUGUGCUGGAGCAGGCCCUCCAGGAGGGGCCAGAGGACGAAGGGGACAGAGAUGAUUCAAAGUUGCCUGCCCCACCAACCCUGGAGCCUACUGGGCCUGCGCCUUCCUUGUCAGAACAGGAGUCCCCUCCAGAUCCCCCAACCCUGAAACCUAUCAGCGACAGCAGACCUUCAAGCCACUGCCUAAAGUCCCGGAAGGUGGAGGAUGAGGAGCUCUUAGAGAAGUCAGCCUUGCAGCUGGGGAGCGAGCCCUUGCAGUGCUUGCUUAGUGACAAUGGCAUUGACAGACUAUCUCUCAUAAACUCUGACAGCCCUGGUGGCAGCCCUCUCGGCAGUGUGGGCCGCCGAACAACGGUCCUCUUCAAGAAGGGCAAGGAUGGAGUUAAGCUCCAGAGGGCUCCAGAUGGCACCCUGGAGGAUGGCGAGGACCACGGCCCAGUGGACGGUCCUGCUUCUCCUGCCAGCACGGAGGAUGAGCAUUCUUCCCGGAAGCGGCCAAGGAGCCAGAGCUGCAGUGACAGUGAAGGGGAGAGGUCCCCUCAGCAGGAGGAAGAGACAGGCGUGACUAACGGCUUUGGAAAACACACGGAAAGCGGGUCUGACUCGGAAUGUAGUUUGGGUCUCAGUGGAGGACUGGCGUUUGAAGCUGGCAGCGGCCUGACGCCUCCCAAACGCAGCCGCGGGAAGCCAGCCCUGUCUCGAGUGCCCUUCCUGGAAGGUGUGAAUGGAGACUCUGACCACAGUGGCUCAGGCAGAAGCCUCCUGAUGCCCUUUGAAGACCGCGGAGACCUGGAGCCCCUGGAGCUGGUGUGGGCCAAGUGCCGAGGCUACCCUUCCUACCCUGCCUUGAUCAUCGAUCCCAAGAUGCCCCGGGAGGGCCUCCUGCACAACGGUGUCCCCAUCCCUGUCCCUCCACUGGACGUGCUGAAGCUGGGCGAACAGAAGCAGGCAGAGGCUGGAGAGAGGCUCUUUCUUGUCCUCUUCUUUGACAACAAGAGGACCUGGCAGUGGCUUCCAAGGGACAAAGUCCUUCCCCUGGGUGUGGAGGACACUGUGGACAAGCUUAAGAUGCUAGAAGGCCGCAAGACCAGCAUCCGGAAGUCAGUACAAGUGGCCUAUGACCGCGCCAUGAUCCACCUGAGCCGAGUGCGCGGGGCCCACUCCUUCGUCACUUCCAGCUACCUGUAAGAGUGGAGCCGGGCCUGCGUCUGCCUUCUUUGCCUCUCCUCUGUCCCUGAGGCAUGAGAAGCCUCUUCUGCCCCUGCCACAUAUAUGGCCGGCAGCUUCUUUCUAAUGGCAGGCCCUGACUGGACUGGGUCUCCAAGGGCAAGGCCCAAUAUCGACCAAUCAUGUGGUUCCCCUGGAGGGCUGCUGUGUGCCAAAAACUCCCACCCGAGGUCCCUGGGGAUAUUCCACUGAAGAACCACUUAGAAGUAGAAACAGCUGAGAGUCUUAGCCAGCCAGCGAGAUAGACCUGGCCCACGAGGCAAGAGGGCCUAGGCUGCUUUGCUGGGGCCAGCUGGCUCCCUCCAUGCCUCUCCCACCUAACCAUACCUCAGGGCAGGCAAGGUUCUGACACUGAUCCCAGAGAUGUGCCAGGGUCCCUCGGGAACCCCCAGAGCUCCCCUCUCCCCACGCCGCCCAUGCUCACACCCCCGUCUCAUCUCCCACCCCUAGCCCAGACUCUCCCUUCCCUCCCUCAUCGCUCUCCCCUCUCCCUUGUGCCAAACUGACAGCAACAUCACCAAAUUGAUCUUUUUCUUUGCCCCGUUUCCUUCCUGGCCAGCUGCUACAUUAGAUGGAUGUCUGCCAGGCACUUGAGCCCCAGAUAGAAGCCACCCCACUUGUAAGGACCCUCCCCACACCCACAGGAGCCCGCUUGUGCCACACACAUCCUGUGGAUGGACUGGGCUUCCCGCCAUUCCCUUUGCUGUGAGGAGUGUCGAGGGUGGCCCCUGUCUAUGCACAGGCUGGAUGGAUAUUGGGGUGGCGUGUUCCCUUCAGCGGGCAUGCUGCCACCUCACCCCCUUCCUGGGAUUGUCUCCUCCUGUAGCAGCCUUAAGCCUUACUGAGUCAGCACUGUCACCGCACUGUCACCGCAGGCUGCAGGUCACACGGCACUGCCCUCCCGCGCCCUUCCCCAGGUUCACUGCUCCUGCCUCCCCAGCAGGGAACACAGCCUUUCUCUCACCCCCUGCCUUCAACCUCCUCCCCACCUUCACCUCCUCAAUCUCCUCCCCUCAAAAAGGAAGGGAAAAAAAAAACUGUGAAUGAGGAAAGCUGACUGACAAACCAACACAACUCUCAGAGGCUUCUGCUCUUGACAUUUCUUUUCACCUCUUAAGCACCAAAGCCGCGGGCGGGUUCACAGACCGCCGAUUGCCAUGUUGAUUUCUACCUUGACGUUAUUUUUAAUUGUUUUAAAUUUUUUCAUAGGGGAGUUAUGGGCAACUAUGAAGUCCCUGGGGAGAUCACUGCCAUUUUUACAUACUCAGACUUUUUAAAAGAUGCAACUAACCACCAACUUCUUACACAUUUGGGACAUGAGCCAGAGUUUAAAAGGGAACCAACAAAACUCACCGAGAGGGCAAGAUUCUGUCCAGUAAACAGCGCAGCCACGGCCGGGUCAGGGCGUGGUGUAUAUAACUGUAAGAUACCGUCGUAAGUUAUUCAGGCCCGCACUCUCCAUUACCAGAACCCUCCGUUGCGCGGCCACGCCGUGCAGUCUAGUCAAGGAGCCGAUGCAUUCCCCCUCUCCCCAGGUAGCUGGUCAGCUGUGGACUCUGUGACCCUCAUCUAAACCUGUGUCAAGAUCUCGGGGCUUCUUCCUCUCUCUGACUCCUUCCCCCAACACUUUCUCUCCUCUGUCUCUAUUUUUCAGUCUUGGAACCCUUCCCUUUCUCCGAGUCCCACUUAAAAAACUGCUCUUUCAGGACAGGAUGCGGCUCGGACCCUGCCGUGGCGCAGGGCCUUGCUCGCGCCCGUCCGGUCUGCUGUGAAGCACACGAUGCUCUAUUUAUUGUAGACUUUAUUUGCCUUCUAGAAUUGUUUAUAACAGAUGGAUAUAAGAGAGGUAAUAAACAGAAAAACCUAUGCCUGUAAAGAACACAAGAGUUAAUUUUACCUACCAUAAUAUGACGUCUUAUUUUCUCUCUGAGAAAUAAAUGUUCUAUGGGCCGUG